UCCGCUGUGACCAAGUGGACAUGUUUCUUCCCUCAGCACCUGCAGCACAAUGUUCAAUAUGAUUCACCUGACAGUGAUAAGCAUUUUGUAUUUGCCCGUUUUGGUGUUUGAGGCGUUUGUUUUGUCCAAAGGGAAGUAUGAGAGGUCGGCGAUGCCCACCUCUGCCUCCCGCCUCGUGGCGAGGAUGGACGGGGACAUUAUAAUCGGCGCCCUGUUCUCUGUCCACCAUCAGCCGUCAGCUGAGAAGGUGGCAGAGAGGAAAUGCGGGGAGGUCCGCGAGCAGUACGGCAUCCAGAGAGUGGAGGCCAUGUUCCACACCUUGGAUCGGAUUAACUCGGAUCCAAACCUGCUACCCAACAUCUCCCUGGGCUGUGAGAUCAGGGACUCCUGCUGGCAUUCGUCCGUGGCUCUGGAGCAGAGCAUCGAGUUCAUCCGCGACUCACUCAUCUCCAUCCGGGACGACAGCGAAGGCUCUCGGUGGUGCAUCGAGGGGUCCCCCUCCAGUCAGCCACCGCCCACCAAGAAGCCCAUCGCGGGGGUCAUCGGGCCCGGCUCCAGCUCGGUUGCGAUUCAAGUCCAGAACCUUCUGCAGCUGUUCAACAUCCCACAGAUUGCCUACUCUGCCACCAGCAUUGACCUCAGUGACAAGACUCUGUUCAAGUACUUCCUCAGGGUUGUGCCGUCAGACACUCUUCAGGCCCGAGCCCUGCUGGACAUAGUCAAGCGGUACAACUGGACCUAUGUUUCUGCAGUUCACACGGAAGGUAACUACGGGGAGAGCGGGAUGGAGGUGUUUAAGGAGCUCGCCUCGCAGGACGGCCUCUGCAUCGCCCAUUCAGACAAGAUCUACAGCAACGCCGGGGAGAAGCACUUCGACAGGCUGCUGAGGAAGCUGCGCGAGCGUCUGCCCAAAGCCAGAGUGGUUGUCUGCUUCUGUGAAGGCAUGACAGUCCGAGGGCUGCUCAUGGCCAUGAGACGGCUCGGAGUAGCCGGAGAGUUCGUCCUAAUUGGCAGCGACGGCUGGGCUGACCGUGUGGAGGUGGUGGAGGGAUAUGAACAGGAGGCUCUGGGCGGCAUCACCGUCAAGCUGCAGUCCGAGGAGGUCUCCUCCUUCGACGACUAUUUCCUGAAGCUGCGGCUCGGCACCAACACCCGGAACCCGUGGUUCCCCGAGUUCUGGCAGCACCGGUUUCAGUGCCGCCUUCCUGGACACCCGCAGGAGAACGUGAACUAUGCACGGAACUGCUCAGGUUAUGAAAGUCUGGAGGACAACUACGUCCAAGACAGCAAGAUGGGCUUCGUCAUCAACGCCAUCUACGCCAUGGCCCACGGGCUGCACGACAUGCACUCCCACCUCUGCCCGGGCCACGUGGGGCUCUGCGACGCCAUGAAGCCCAUCGACGGCAGCCACCUGCUGGAGUUUCUUCUCCACACGUCCUUCACCGGCGUCUCCGGGGAGGACAUCUGGUUCGACGAGAACGGCGAUUCACCUGGAAGGUACGAGAUUAAGAACUUCCACCGUGUGGAGUCCAGCGGUGUUUACGACUACAUCAACAUCGGCUCGUGGCACGAGGGCGUUCUGACGCUGGACGACGAGAUGAUCCAGAUGAACCGCAGCGACAUGGUCCGCUCUGUCUGCAGCGAGCCCUGCUCCAAAGGAGAGAUCAAGGUGAUAAGGAAAGGAGAGGUGAGCUGCUGCUGGAUCUGCACCGCCUGCAAAGACAACGAGUUUGUCCAGGAUGAGUUCACAUGUAAAGCCUGUGAGCUGGGCUGGUGGCCGGAUGAAGAGCUAGAAGGCUGCGAGCCAAUCCCUCUGCGCUACCUGGAGUGGAGCAAUCCCGAGUCCAUCAUCCAGGUGGUCUUCUCCUGCAUGGGCAUACUGGUGACGUCCUUCGUUGCCUUGGUCUUUGUCCUAUACCGAGACACGCCGGUGGUCAAGUCCUCCAGCCGGGAGCUCUGCUACAUCAUCCUGGCUGGGAUCUUCCUGGGCUACCUGUGUCCCUUCACGCUCAUUGCCAGGCCCACCGUGGCCUCCUGCUACCUCCAGAGGCUCCUGGUCGGACUCUCGGCCGCCAUGUGCUACUCGGCCCUGGUGACCAAAACGAACCGCAUCGCCCGCAUCCUGGCAGGGAGCAAGAAGAAAAUCUGCACCAGGAAGCCCAGGUUCAUGAGCGCUUGGGCUCAGGUGGUCAUCGCCUCCAUCCUCAUCAGCGCCCAGCUCACGCUGGAAAUCACCCUCAUCAUCAUGGAGCCGCCCGAACCCAUCAAGUCCUACCCCAGCAUCAGGGAAGUCUACCUGAUCUGCAACACCAGUAACCUCGGCGUUGUGGCGCCGCUGGGCUACAACGGUCUGCUCAUCAUGAGCUGCACCUAUUACGCCUUCAAGACCCGCAACGUCCCCGCCAACUUCAACGAAGCCAAGUACAUCGCCUUCACCAUGUACACCACCUGCAUCAUCUGGCUGGCGUUCGUGCCGAUCUACUUCGGCAGCAACUACAAGAUCAUCACCACGUCCUUCUCCGUGAGCCUCAGCGUGACCGUCGCUCUGGGCUGCAUGUUCACGCCCAAGAUGUACAUAAUCAUCGCCAAGCCGGAGCGGAACGUCCGCAGCGCGUUCACCACCUCCGACGCUGUGCGCAUGCACGUCGGCGACGGCAAGAUCGCCUGCCGAAGCAACAGCCUGCUCAGCAUGUUCAAGAGGAAGAAAAACACUGGGAACGGCAGUUCUAAUGGAAAGUCUGUGUCAUGGUCUGAACCAGGUGCAAGACAUCCUCCCAAAGGGGAUCAUGUGUGGCACAGACUGUCAGUGCAUGUGAAGAGACAGGAAGCAGGUUCCAAUCAGAUGGCUGUCAUCAAACCCUUAACUAGUACCUACCAAAACACGGGCCUGGAGUUCUCCGACCUCAGCACUAAGACUCUGUACAACGUGGCUGAGGAGGAUGAGAGUGAACCUGUCAGAUAUAACUCUCCGGCCACUCCCCCCAUGAUGCCGCACGGGCAAAUGCCUCCCUGUGGCCUGACGAAAGAUGUGCCGCUGUAUUCCCCCGAGUCGCUUCUGCACAAUAGUAUCAUCCCCCAACGUGCCGUCAUGGCCGUCCGACAGGAGGAGGCGGCGCUGAGCACGUUCGGCGGUCACAUCCCCCAGCUCCGAGAUUUGAUUAGCAUGCCCGAGGCUGUGAGCGGCGGCAUGCCGGUGUACCACCAGGCUCACCGGAUCCAGCAGGACCCCGUCCUGCCCGCGCACCUCCAUCCGUUCGACGUGGAGCCGGCCUCCCCUCUGCAGGAGGAAAUGGAGAACGAGCGGUUCGGCCUUCUCCAUGGCUACAUGUGCAACAACGUCCAGAUCCACGAGGAAGAGGAGGAGGAGGAGGAGGAGGAAGAGGACUUUGUUGCGGCCAAAGUAGAAAUGGAGGAAUCUCUGGCUCUGAUGCCUCCCUCCCCUUUCCGUGAUUGCGCCGGACCUCCAGUGAGCCCCUUUCCCAACUCGCCGGUGUCCGAGUCCAUUCUGUGCACGCCACCGAACGUGACCUACGCCUCUGUGAUCUUCAGAGACUACAAGCAGAGCUCCUCAACGUUGUGAGGGCACGCUCCCAGUCUAUGUUUUCAGCUCGACUAUGUUUCCACGUGUGAAAUGA